CAAAUACAAAUUCAGUUUUGGCGCACAAGUGUCAACAACAAAACUGUGUUUUUAUAUUUAUAUUCAACAUGACUAUUAUCAAGGCUGCUGAUAUUUUAGAUGAACCGCAUUUGGUUGCGCCUUGGUGCUAUUUGAAUUUCUUGCGCUACUUUCAGCGCCGCCAUCCAAGCUAUGAACGCGAGCGACUGUUGCAUGAAGCGCUGCGGCUUUGGGAGCAGCUUAGCCUAACGCAGCGUCGUCUGUUUGAGCGUGAGCAGCGCAUCUUGGCACGCAUUAAGCGUCUGGGCAAACUUGCUCCCAAACGUCGUGGACGUCGCAAUAUUGUAAAAGCUACAGCCACUGGUCAGCGACGUCGCACUACAGUCAGACGUCUGAUAUACGACAAACGUCCAGCUGGCAGUACAUUACGCAAGAGACGCCUCAACAAGAAACGUGCUUAGACUCCCAUAAAUAAUUCACUUAAAUUAAAUAAACUUUUGUGGCAGCAAACAUUACUAGCUAUUGUUUAAUA